GAGCUAUAAACAAAGAUGACACAACAACAUACUUUAUUCAACCUGAGAAGUUAAUAUUAACUAAGGACUUUACACCCAGCAUCAAAGAUUAGCCAGGUCUUUGUCAUAAUUGUUCUUGACUAAAAGAAGAGAGGACCUAUCGUUGACAACAGUUUCUCCUGUUGUUUGAAUACAUUUAGGGUCUGGCCAUGGCAGAAACAGAAACAGAGAGGAUUCAACUGAAGCGCGAGUUGGGUUUAGUCAGUGCUGUGUCAUUGGUAGCAGGAACCAUGAUUGGAUCGGGAAUAUUCAUGUCCCCUCAGUUUGUGCUGUCCUACAUUGGAAGUCCAGGGGCAAGCCUGAUAAUUUGGGCAUUGUCUGGCCUUGUAGUCAUGCUGGGGGCACUCUCAUAUGCUGAGCUAGGAACCAUUAUUAAAGAAUCAGGAGGGGACUUUAUCUACAUUCUUCGAAUCUAUGGACAGUUUCCUGCCUUCUUUGUGGCCUUCACCUUCCUACUAGUGGUGAAACCAGCGAGCAUUGCAGCAAUAUCCCUCAGUUUUGCAGAAUAUGCUGUGGCACCUUUCUACCAAGACUGUUCUCCUCCUCAGCUAAUAGUGAAGUGUGCUGCUGUUGCAGCCAUCAUGGUUGUAGCCAUGGCAAACAUCUUGAAUGUACGUUUAGCCAUGAGAAUUCAGGUGGUCUUCUUGGUGGCUAAGCUAUUUGCAUUGAUGGUUAUAGUAAUUGGAGGGAUAGUGAUAAUUGCACAGGGCAAUGUUGCUGUACAACAAAAUGGUUUUGAUGGUACAAACUUGGGUUUGAGCUCCAUAGGAAUGGCUUUUUACCAAGGCCUCUGGUCCUUCGCUGGCUGGUACAACUUGAACUAUGUGACAGAAGAGUUGAAAAGACCUGAGGUAAAUCUGCCCAGGGCCGUUAUAAUUGCCAUCCCCAUGGUAACCAUACUGUAUCUACUAGUCAAUGUGAGCUACCUGGCUGCCAUGACGCCAAGAGAACUGAUGUCGUCGAAUGCAGUGGCUGUCACCUGGGGGAAUAAGGUGCUUGGGAGCUGGGGAUGGGUGAUGUCUAUCGCAGCCGCUUUGUCUGCUUUCGGCUCCCUGAAUGGAACAUUCUUUAGUGGCGGCCGGGUGUGCUUUGUGGCUGCAAGAGAGGGACACAUGCCUGAUAUUCUGUCCAUGGCCCAUGUGAAUCGACUGACCCCCUCUCCAGCCCUGAUCUUCACCACGGCUAUCUCACUCUUGGUUCUCAUCCCUGGUGACUUUCAGAGCAUUGUCAACUUCUUCAGUUUCACUGCCUGGUUCUUCUAUGCAAUCACUCUGUCUGGGCUCCUCUACCUCAAGAUCAAGAAACCUGAACUUCCCAGGCCAUAUAGGGUUCCCAUUGUAAUCCCCAUCUUGGUCAUCAUCGCAGCAAUUUUCCUUGUGCUGGCACCUAUAAUUGACAACCCCGCGAUAGAGUACCUCUAUGUCACCUUGUUUAUCUUUAGUGGUGUUUUGUUUUAUGUGCCCUUCAUCCACUUCAAACUGUGCCCUGGACUGUUGGAGAAAGUCACUGUGUUCCUGCAGCUCUUCCUAGAGGUGGCCCCAGCAGACAAAAAUCUAUGAUUUAUUUUACAGAAUAUAUGUCUGAGGAUAAUAUGGUCUGCUGAGUAAAUAUUGACAAAAAUAAGUUUGUCUCAGAUUGGCACCACCAUAACCAAAUUGUGAAUGACUUUUCAAUAGUAUGUACAGUGCCUUCAGAAAGUAUUCACACCCCUUGACUUAUUCCACAUUUUGUUGUGUU